AUGAACAAUACGAUAGUGCAUCCUACUUACUCCAAGCCAGACUUGUCCUUUUUAAACAGGUCAACCCCACCAUUAUCAAACACUACUUUAAGACCAAGAUUGUUUGAGAAAUACGAUGACGCCAUUAUUUCUUUGGUGGCACCAGUAGUUGCAUACUGGGCCUACUCAUUAUACUUCCACAUUAUAGAUAUGAACAAACUAUACGAACAGUAUAGAAUUCACCCAAGCGAAGAAGUUGCUAAAAGAAAUAAAGUUGGUCGUUUGGAAGUUUUUCUGGAAGUUUUAUGGCAACAUACUAUCCAAACUGUCUUCGGUUUGAUUUUGUACCAUUACGAAGAAUUGCCAAAGACAGGUAUGGAAAAUUAUAACAUGUGGAGAUUUAAGACCAUGUUUGUUCCAAAGGAAUUGUGCAAUAGUGAGCUUAUUAACAAGGUGAUUUACUAUGGUUAUACAUAUUACGCCUUUUCAUUUUUGAAGAUUUUUGUUGGUUUCCUGCUCAUUGAUACUUGGCAAUAUUGGUUGCAUAGACUAAUGCACACAAGCAAAACUUUAUAUAAAUUAUUCCACUCUCGUCACCACAGAUUAUAUGUCCCAUAUGCUUAUGGCGCUUUGUAUAACAAUCCUGUAGAAGGAUUUUUAUUGGACACUUUAGGUACUGGUAUUGCUAUGAUUGUUACUAAAUUAUCUCCAAGAGAACAAAUUAUUUUGUUUACCUUUGCCACUCUUAAGACUGUGGAUGAUCACUGUGGGUAUGCUUUGCCAUACGAUCCAUUCCAAUGGUUGUUCCCUAACAAUGCUGUUUACCAUGAUAUUCAUCAUCAACCAUGGGGUAUCAAGUCCAAUUUUGCUCAACCAUUUUUCAUUUUCUGGGAUAAAUUGACAAAGACUGAAUAUAAAGGAUAUGUUGAAUAUAGAUUACAACAAAGAAGAGUUACUAUUGACAAGUACAAGGAGUUCUUGGCUAAAAGAGAACAAGAAAGAUUAAGUAGAAUUGAAGACAUGAAAAAGAAGGCUAUUUAG